AUGACGUCUGUGCUGACAGCACAUCAGGCUGCUCUUCCCUCUUCCUCUGCUGAUCAAGGAAUCCGGCUCUCAGUGGACUGUCAGAUGAUUAAAAAAAGUAUACUUUCCAAUCUCAUUGCUGUCAGGAAUGCCUUUUUCUUGGAAGUCAGCAUUGGGAUCACAGCCAACGCCUUCCUUCUUCUCUUCCAUGUCCUUUGGUUUCUCAAGCACAGGCCAAGGCCCACUGACCUGACCAUUGGGCACCUGGCCCUCAUCCACCUGGUGAUGCUGAUCACCGUAGGGGUUAUAGUCGCAGAUGUUUUUGAGUCUCACGACUUAUGGGACGACAUCACGUGUAAAGUUGUCAUCUACUCGCACCAGGUGAUGCGGGGCCUCUCCCUGAGCACCACCUGCCUGCUGAGCGUCCUCCAGGCCAUCACUCUCAGCCCCAGGAGCUCCUGUUUAGCAAAAUUCAAGCACACAUCCUCACAGCACAACGUGUGUGGAUUUCUCCUCCUAUGGCUCUUCAAUUUGUCCAGUCGUGCUCGUUUCUUGAUCUCAACUGUUGCUACUCCGAAUGAUACAUCCCACAGUCUUAUGUUUGUCACUCAAUCCUGCUCUCUUUGGCCAUUGAGCCACAUACCCAGGCACACAUUUUCUAUGUUGGGGAUCUUCCGGGAUGCCUCCUUAAUAGGGCUCAUGGCCGUCUCAAGUGGGUACAUGGUGAAGUUCCUGUGCAGGCACAAGAGGCAGUGCCAGCACCUUCACAGCACCAGCCUUUCUCGAAGAGCCUCCCCAGAGCAUAGGGCCACCCGCACCAUCCUGCUGCUCAUGAGCGUCUUUGUGCUCCUGUACUUGAUGGACUGCAUUGUGUACUCCUUUUCAGGGAUGUGGUGGAACAGCAACCCAGUGCGCCUGUGCAUCCAGAUGUUGGUGGGCAAUGGCUAUGCCACCAUUGGACCUUUGUUGUUCAUCAGUAGUGAAAAGCGAAUGAUCCAGUUUUUCAAACCCAUGUUGGAAAGGAGGCCCAGUGACGCCGGCGGCAGAGCCCACCGACCUCGCUCCGCGCCUCCCGCGCCUCCAGAGCCACACAAAGUCACCACCUCGGCCUGGUCCAGACGCGGCACAGCCAAGACCGCGCAAUCCGUGUCGCCAGGCUGCGUCCCUGCCCCAGAGCCGCGACCCCAGAGCUGA